AUGACGGGUUCUUGUGCCCUUCUCUUCUGUUUGAGAGUUUCCGCUAUGAAAGGACAUCUCGCGCUUUACGCUCGCCAACCAGUUCCUCUUCCAACUACAUGCUCUCGAGCACGAAUAGAGAUUUGUGAUAGCAGCAGCCCGGUUCGAUCGAGAAAGGGGGCUCUUGCCCGUCAAGCGUUGUACUGGUCUGCAGAUAUCACUUGCAGAUCAGGGACAACCGAUGUGACUGACGGGACAGGAUCGGCUUCCAAGGAUGCUUUCCGCUAUAUGAUCCUUUCAAUUCAUAGUUUGAUGGGCUUUUAUUUUAACCUGUUUGCUAUUCUUGUGCCAGCGGAUAAUGCUUCCUUUUGCCCAAAGGCGUAUGCUUUCCGCUGUAUGCUCGAGCUUUUGUUCUUAACUACUUGCCUUCGGACGGCUGCCAAACGGAUCGAGCUGUAUCGACUAACCAUACAAUUUCGUUCAAGUUCCGCUUGCCCAUCGAAGCCUCCCCCCAACCUGCUUCUACGUCUCUCCUCAGACUAUUUACGGAGUAGAAGGAAUAGGUGUGGCGAUCUUCCAAAUCAAGAAAGUCAAGACCGUCCCUCUCAGUACCACGAUAGAAAGGGAGGCGUGAGACACUUUCGCUUGCGCUGUUGCGGUUGCUACACAGAGCAGUUUGUGUUAGGAGGGAACGAGGCGAAGCGCUUAACAGGACCCGUUGCCAGCUUUCAAACUAAUACGAGUACCACGUGGACUGAAAGAGGGCAGGCACGCCAGGCAGGGAAACCAAACCGCAUGGUGGAACAAAGGGUGAACAAUGGUAGUCUCAUACAAGCUAAGCGGGGCUUCCUGGCGCCCCACCCCGUUCUAAAUCAAUUCUUUCGAAUACAAUCCCGUAUUGAGUUUGUUUUGUUCUUGCUAAUCGAAGCCGGAAAAGGGGGAAUUUCGGUGAAAAGAAUCUAUCCCGAAUUGUUUUUUAUGACUUUAUCGACAGCAUGCCUCUCUUUCAGUGAGAUCACCAUGAUACACAAUCUUGUUGAUUUGGCAAAUAAACCUAAGCUUCUAUCAACGCUAUUUAUCUAG